AUGGCAACAACGAUAGAACAAACGAUCGUCGUCCUCAUUUCAGGUUCAGGCACUAACCUUCAAGCAUUGAUUGAUGCUACACAAGAGGGUCGACUUAAAGCCAGAAUUAUUGGUGUCAUAUCCAAUCGAAAAGCAGCCUUUGGACUUGAACGUGCAAAAAGGGCGGGCAUCCCCACACAGACAGUAUCUCUUAAGCAAUUUAAAGAUCAAGGCAAGACACGUGUCGAUUUUGACAUUCAUGUUGCUAAACUCAUUCAAGAAAAUUAUAAGCCUGAUUUGGUCAUCUUGGCAGGUUGGAUGCACAUCUUGUCUCCUGAAUUUUUAAGUUACUUUCAUGACAAUGUCAUCAACCUUCAUCCUGCUUUACCAGGUCAAUUUGAUGGCGCUCAUGCUAUUGAACGGGCUUAUGAGGCUUUUAAGAGAGGUGAAAUUAAGCAUACAGGUAUUAUGGUGCAUAAAGUGAUAGCUGAUAUUGAUCGUGGAGAGGUUAUUUUGCAGCGGGAAGUGCCUAUUUUGGAAACCGAUACACUUGAAGAUCUUGAGGCACGUGUUCAUUCAUACGAACAUAAACUUAUUGUCGAAGGUGCUCAAGUGUUUUUAGAUACUUUAAAGCAUAAAAUAAAAUAA